AUGAGUUGGUGGAUGGCUUCAAUGGAUGCGAUUUCAUGUAGUAAGUACAAUGUUGCUGCCCGUUGGACAUUACGCCAAACUGGAGUUGUUCGUGCUUGUUGCGAGGAGUUCACCCCGGAGGAGCUGGAAGGCAAAGCUGAAGUGACGGGUACUGAUCCUGAUUCUGGCGAGACUGUGGUUCUGGAACCUGCCGAUCCAUGGCAGGGCAUUCGCAAGUUGAUGAAGGCUCUUGAAGAGAGCAUGGGCAGGACCACACUAGAUCGAAGAGGAGAACUUCGACGCCUGUUUUACCAAGACCUCAAACGAAAUGCUGGAGAGCGCAUUAGCACCUUUUGCACUCGCUUCCGUACGCUGGUUUCGGAGAUGCGUCGUGAGUUGCCAAGUGAGGAGCUGGGCUGGUUCUUGCGCAAUCGGUUGGGCCUUGAUGCGAUUCGAGUUCAACGGUUGGAUACAGCAUUGAGAGGUCGUGAAUCCUAUGAGGAAGUUGAAGCUGAAGCAUUGAGACUCUUCCGUGAUUUGCACAGCGAGGACCCUUUGCAUAGGAAGAGCGCCACUGAUCGUUCACCGCUGCUCAGCCGCUUCCUUAGCCAGUCGCAGUCAGGAGCAUCUUCACACCGGACAUCGUUGCCGUCGAGUGGAGGGACGUCGUCGUUUGGGACUCGGACGUAUCGGUCGUUUUCGUUUGCAGGCAGUUCAAACAAGAGUUUCAAGCCCUCAGAGUUGGUGCCCGACCAAACCGAGGGCAUCAACGGCAAUCUUGAAGAAGUGCUCACGGCUGAAGCCGAGGUGUCAGCUGCAGAGCUCUUGAGAGUGGAGUCGAAGCAAGCUGCUGAAUCCUUGGUGACCAUGUGUGAGGCUCGCCACAAGAUUGCAGAGGUCAAGAAAGAUCGUGGACACGGCAAGACGCCAACUACACCGACUUCAAUGAAGUCCCGCUUCACUGGCAACCAGGUCAACGGCAAGAAAGCCAAGUCGAGUUGUUGGGACUGCGGACAGCAAGGUCAUUGGAGUGGAGAUCAUGGUUGUCCCAACCCAGGCGCAGGCCUGUACAAGCCAAAGAACAACGUUGGAAAGCAGCAGAAGCAAGUGCGUGUCACAGAAGCUUUGACUACAGCGCUGACCGCUGACCCCACGCACCUGCGGAAGAAGCUCGUGAAGUGUUGA